AUGACCUCCAAAGAGCCUACGGUUAUGGAGGACCGGAGACGCAGUGCGCUGAACCAGCUCCCGCCGCCGGCCAACUCCAGCAAGCCCCUGACUCCGUUCAGUAUAGAGGACAUCCUGAACAAGCCCUCGGUGAAGAGAAGUUACUCCAGCUGCGGGACGGCGCACAUGCUUUCCUGCAGCGAGAAGCUGUCUUCUUCGGGUCACAGUCUGUGCAGCCGUGCCUUUUUCACCCAAACCUCCCCACUCUGCGCUCUGGAGGAGCUAGCCAGCAAAACCUUCAAAGGCCUCGAAGUCAGUGUUCUUCAAGCGGCAGAGGGGCGAGACGGCACGACACUAUUCGGUUCGCGGAAUAACCCCAAGAAGCGCCGGAAGUCUCGCACGGCCUUCACCAACCACCAGAUCUACGAGUUGGAGAAGCGAUUCUUGUACCAGAAGUACCUGAGUCCAGCUGACCGUGACCAGAUAGCACAGCAGCUCGGCCUCACCAAUGCACAGGUCAUCACCUGGUUCCAAAACCGGCGCGCUAAACUCAAACGCGACCUGGAGGAGAUGAAGGCGGACGUGGAGUCGGCCAAAGCCGUGGGCACAGUGUCUUUCGAGAAAAUGGCCAAACUAGCCGAGCUGGAGAAAUGCGCAGCUAACGGCGCGCUGGGCCCUAACAGAGCCGAGUCACCUUCGCUAUUGAACCAUGAGCAUGACACAUCUAACAAACUAUUAUUGUCCUCGCCUUCAUCGCCAUAUACAGACCAUGCUAGCAGUAAGGGCUGCUCCGACGAUGAGGAGAUUGACGUGGAUGACUGAGGAUUUUACCUUUGUUUCUAUCUCCCUCUUACCACGACGAAAGUUUGAAGUGCCAUUAAUGCACCACAUGUACUCAUGAGGCUUUUAUGAAGAACACUCAGCAUCGCAUGGACUGUGUCGUUUGCAACGACAGAUGCAGGCAGCUGUUGUAUUCAUCCAUUCAUUUAACCAACGUGGAAUAGUUUAAAGAAAAGCAAUAUGUACACUUAACCUAUCCACAAAUGAUAUGUCCACACACACACACGCACACACACACAGACAGUCUUACCACUACGGGCUAAUAACACUAGCUAGUAACUCAAUCUAUGAAUUAUUUGAAUGCAUGUUUUAUUUUAAACGACUGUAAUGGUUUGAAUAUUAUAGGGACAUUCCUAUUGAAAUACACAAAACAUACUGUAUGUUAGGCUGUGUGUGUGUGUUAUAACUAGGCCUACAUAUGUCAAACGUUUGAUAACGAUGGGAAUACAUUUUCUAAAAUAAUAAUCAAAGAUAAAUCAUAUUUCACCUGGUUGCUUGCAAUAUCAGUCACAUUUUAAUAUAUUUAUAAUGGUUUGUAUACCUGUAAGUGCCUUUUA